AUGAAAGAAAAAGAACUUGCGUUGAAAACUCAAACUGAGCUUGAGAAGAAGAAGAAGAAGAAAGCUCUGCUCGCUGAGCAGAUGAAACAAGCAGUCGAAAGCCUGAAGGCUGAUAAGGCUAAGAGUGAAGCAAGGAAGAAAGCCGCCGAGAAAACGCCUGAAGUACAGGGCGGAAAUGAAGAAGUUGAUCAGGAGAAGACAGAGUAUGAGAAGACGAGGGAUGCAGCUCGUGAGACCUGUCGUGAGAUUGGUCUUAAGGCCAGACAUGAUUCAGCUGCCCCCUCUGACACUGAAGAAAGUCAGGAUUUACCUCAGACCGUUCCAUCAAAGAAGACCACUAUGACUCGUCAGGCGUCUCAGAUCGCUGAAGUGAAGAAGACUGCCAAGGAGUUUGAUCUGAAGAUCAAAGUUCAUGCCGGAAGAAGUUCCUCCACUUCAUCAUCUGCGGCAGUUCCUCUGAAGAAAGCUAUUGACACACUUGUGCUAGAUACAUCAACAAUCAAGCUUACUUCACUUGCUGAGGAACAGGAACAAGCUGCUUCAUCCCCCACAAUACUGUCUAAGCACACCGCUCAACAGGAAGAAGGAGAUGAGGUGCUCGGGAAGAACCAAGACACCCGUCCUGAAGAACCCCCCACCAGCAGCUCGUUGCCUCGCACUGAAUCAGUUGAUGCCUCUGCUGAAGAAGGAAGAACUUGUGACUUCGAAGCUGAAGCCACUCAUGAUUUGCAUGCAAAUGACGCAGAAACUGAUGCAGAUGCCCCAGUGCCAACGCCGGAAGUUCGUGUGAAGAAAGUUGUUAAGAAGAAGAAGAAUGUUGCCCCGUCUGACCCGUCCGACCGAAAUUCCUCGAGUGAUGAGGAGAAAGAAGAAGAGAAGGAAGAAGAGAAAGACCCUGCGCAAGCCUCUGAUGAUCUAAUGGAGAUUGACCGUCUGCCAGAAGAUCUGCUCAAGCCUGUGCCGAAGAAGAGACGAUCCGGACUCGCUAAGGAUCGUGAAGAUAGGAGACUCUCACGAAUGCUUGUGAGAUCUCAAUCUAUGACUGAAGACAACCGUGAGCUGUUUUCUCCCAAGCCAAAGAUGCCUAUAUCCUCUGACCGAGAGAAGGUUUACUUCAAGGCCCUGAAGAACGCUAAGCUUUGUGUCGUGAGGCUGGAGAAUGGGCUGAAGUACAAGGAGGAGAGAUCAGCUGAAGACAGGAGGUUUUGA